AUGACUACACUUCAUGGUAUGAUAAUAGAGGUUAUACAAUACAUAAGUUAGAAUCAAUCAAUAUUAGAUUAAGGAAUAAAUUGGUUAAUGAAAUGGUUUAAUUAGAAAUUGAAUUCAUCAGCACUCAAUCAUUAUAAGAGAUUGUUUAACUCAUUCGUCAAUAACAAAAACGUUUCUUAAGAUUUGAUUGUAUUCAAAUUAUAUCUUAAAUAUUUAAUAUCAACAACAAAAAUUAAUAGUCAAGGAUAAAUUUAUGAUAGUGUAGGCCUUGAAACAUUUUAAAUAUUUAUUUAUUACCAAUUUUUUUAAAAUUAUUAAGCCUUAUUGCGAAUCAUUUAUUCAAAUAUCGGUAAGUGGAAAAAUUCAUGA